AAUUCGUAGUUGGAAGAAAAACGUUGGAAAGAGGGAAAGAUGCGACAUCAAAACAACAACAAUUUGUCGGACCGAACAAAGGGACAGCUCAUGGACAAUAUCUCCUGGUUGUCUUUGGACUAACAACAUCCCAGACACAGUAAAAACAGUAUUUCCCUACAUUUCUGAAGGGGGUUUUGUUCAGAAAAGCCCUCCCCCGGAUUUGACAGCACGCAGCUCUCAGGCGUUUACUGCUUGUAAACAGAUCCUCCUCACACUUGACGAUGGUAACCGCGGCUCUGCAUUGAUUGUCUGUAUUCGCACAAAGCGAACCAGCCAGCACAUGUAGCAGACAGGUGAGCGAGGCAGGUGGAGUGAUGACAAGUCUGCCAACUAACAAUAAUAAUUCGACUUUUACGCCUUUCGUGGAUGUUUUGUUGUUAUGGAUGUAGCCGAGCAAUUUAACGGGGAUAUUUUCUUCAACUUGACGAUUGAUUUGAGGAAAAUCUGCGCAACGUUCAGAGGGUAGCUAAUCAACUCUCCAAGCUUGUAAACAAAGCGAGCCACGGUUGUUUUUUUGUAAUCUCCUUGGUUAGCUAGCUAGUCUUUUUAGCCUCAACGACGAACUGUGAAAGGGGGUACCGGUAUUUGUGUGUGAGCUCUCUAGCUCCGUUUUACUGGCUGGAUGAGAUGUCAUUCAUGAUGGAGGAUUCUGUAGAGUCGGACUGGGUGGCCGUUCGACCAAAUGUUUUCGACGAAAAGGAAAGACACAAAUUCGUUUUCAUCGUCGCUUGGAACGAGAUCGAGGGAAAGUUCGCCAUAACCUGCCACAAUAGAACAGUACAGAAACGGACUGCGUUUCGGGAUUCGCUCUUGGAAGCUGUCGAAUGCGACCUCGCAUCCCCCGGCACACUAGAGACGGAUGUAGACAAACGCAGAACUCCACUAAAAAGUCCCACCAAAAGAACAGAUGACAUCUCGGCAUUGAUUAAAGUUAGAUCUAAUGUAAACCCGAAAGGGAAAAGCCCGACAAAGAGCCCCAUUCGAGAGAAUACGGCCGCGGUGGGUGCCUCAUCAAGGCCAGCCGAGAGUGUUAUAAAAACACUUACGUUAGGGUCGUGGGACAUCGUGCCCUCUAAGAUGACCGACAUCGAGGUCCUGGAACCAGCGGAUGUCUCUGGGUUGCCUCGCUCCCCGGACGAUGGCGACGGAGAGGAGUCGGACAGCAGCCGAGAGGGCUACAGCUGGGCCGGCCUGUUCUCCUUCCAGGACGUGCGGGCAGUCCACGUCCAGCUCUGCGCUGUAAACUCGGACCUGGAGCCCUGUCUGCCCCCCUUCCCUGAGGAGCAGUCGGGCAUGUGGACGGUGCUAUUCGGGGCCCCUGAGGUGUCUCAACAGGAGACGGACGCCCUGUGUUACCAACUACAGGUAUACCUGGGCCAUGCUCUGGACACCUGCGGCUGGAAGAUCCUUGCCCAGGUGCUAUUUACGGAGAGUGAUGACACGGAAGAGUACUAUGAGAGUUUGAGUGAGCUGAGACAGAAAGGAUAUGAGGAGGCUCUCCAGCGGGCCAAGAAACGGCUCCAAGAGCUGCUGGAGAGGCACCGGGCCAUGGAGAGUAUGGUGGAGCUGCUGCAGGUCUAUCCAGAAGAGGAUGAGACCUAUGGAGAGCUACUGGAGGCUACAACACAACUAUACCACUACCUACUACAGCCCUUCAGAGACAUGAGAGAAUUGGCAAUGCUGCGCAGACAGCAGAUCAAGAUCUCCCUGGAGACGGAGCGUCUGGGGCCUCGUCGUGUGGAGGGGCUGAGGAGGGAGGAUGAGGAGUGGACGAGGAAGGCUCACGCUGCCGUCCUCUCCAUACAGGACCUCACCGUCAAGUUCUUCGAGACCACCGCCAGGGCUCAGAAAGGGGUUUACGAGCGGAUGCGUGUGGACCAGAGGAAGUUUGGUAAGGCGGCGUGGGCUGCAGCUGUGGACCGUAUGGAGCGUCUGCAGUAUGCCGUGUCCAAGGAAACACUGCAGCUAAUGAGGGCCAAGGAGAUCUGCCUGGAGCAGAGGAAACACGGCCUGAAAGAGGAGAUGCAAAGCCUGCAGGAGGGAGAGGAUGCCAUGCUGCGGUUAGAUCAGAUGGAGGCGCUGUACUAUGAGCUCCAGUUGCAGCUCUAUGACAUACAGGCUGAGGUGCUGCGUUGUGAGGAACUGCUGCUCAACGCUCAGCUCGCCAGUCUACGCAGACAGAUCACUGAGCGCCAGGACGAGGUGGUGUACUAUGAUGCGUAUGAGAGUCCCGAUGCCAUGCAGCGGGUGGAGGAACCCUCUGCUCCCCCCCUGCCCCUCAGAGAUGAGCUCAGCCAGCUGCAGCAGAGGACCAGACAGCUAGAGGCACGCAGGGGACGCAUCACCGCCAAGAAGGCCUACCUUAAGAACAAAAAGGAGAUCUGUAUCGUCAACCACAACCAGAAGAUACAGCAACGCCAAGGUAGUCAGGACGACCAGACAUCGCAUCAAGCACUGCAACAACGAGGGGAGGAGCAGGAGGAAGAGGAGGAGGAGAGGAGAAACGCCAGAAUGAGUCUGGAUAGAUCGAGAACUCUGGACAGACUACGCAGCUUCAAACAGCGUUUCCCUGGUCAGGUGACUCUGAAGUCCAGCAGACUGCUUAUGUCCCACGGCCACUCCCGGAAGAAAACCUCCUCCCCCCUCUCUCCCGUGGGGAGGCCUGUGACCCUAGCUGCCAGCGUCCAGACAGACACUGCUGACCUCUCAGAGCUCUCUGCCCCUCCCGCUGAUGCCUGUGGUCACCAGAGUGUCUCUCUACCCCCGCUAGGGGGCGCCACUGGGCCUCUCUCUGCCCCCUCCUCUCCAGCUCCUCUCUCAGCGCUCCCCUCCUCUGCACCUCCACCACCUCCUCCUCCCCCACCCCCUCCCUCCUUAGAGGACCUCUCCAGUGAGGGAGGGGAGCGGGCUCACCCCACUAGCCCAGUCCGGCAGUCCAAGGCUGGGUCGGAUUCAGAGCCUCUCCCCCUGGCUCCGUUCUCUCCACGGUUCUUUGACAGCAGUCAGCUGCAGACAGCCAGGAAGAAACUGAAGAAGACAGCCUCGCUGGACUCCUCACAGUGGAGGAGAGCGAGUUCCCCCAUGGACGAGGUCCUGAACUCCCUGAAGCGAGGCAGCUUCCACCUGCGGAAGGCAGAGCUCCGGGUCCUAGCCCCCGACCCAGACGAUGACGAGAGCAACAACAUCCUGGCCCAGAUCCGGCAGGGCGUCCGGCUGAGGAAGGUGCGGACGCGGCCGGACCAGCAGCGGCACACCAAGGGCUCGUUCCCCCACUCUGCCGACGCUCUGACCCGCUCCAUCCACGAAGCCUUGAGACGCAUCAAGGAGGCUUCGCCUGAGUCGGAGUCUGAGGACGAAGGCCUGCCCUGCACGGACUGGGAGAACUAGAUACUAGAUACACACACAACACGCACACCACACACACCCAGUCGGAGUCUUGAGGACAAGGGCCUGCCCUGUACCGACUGGGACUCUGACCUUUAAUCUCAGCCCACUACUAUCUUCUAUUUCUGGCUACACAUUGACAGACCCAGAAAGCGGAGUAGAGAUGUUUCCUGGUGUUUUUUUCUUCAGAAAAUAGGUCAGAAGUAACUAUUUCUUACUAUUUCUUCUCAUCUUUGAAAUGGACCACUAGCCUUUACCUCCUUGUUUUCUAUGCUGUGCUGACUGACUCCUCCUGCUCUCUCCGAAGUCAAGCACUUUGAGAACCUCGUAAUGGAAGUCACUAUGUAAAUGCAUUUCCUUCAUUUGAUUCCUUCAUUGUCUUGUACCAAGUGGGGGAAUGAGGCCCCUUGUCAGUGCACCGACUGGAGAGCUAGGGUUCUGGGAUCCCGUAUGUAGAAUGAACUAUGAAGUUGGAGAGUUAAGCUGUAGGUUGCUGUGGUGCGUUUGUUUUACGUUUGACAGGAUUUAGUGUUUUCUUCAGUGUUUAUUCAACCCCCUGUAGAAUAAGGUGUGUUAUUGCUUGGCUGGAACAAAAGCUUGCACCCACACUGUACGGCGCUCUACGGGUGAGCUUGGCCACCACUGGUAUUGAAGUUGAGAAGUCAUGAUGAUGUUCUCUGUAAGAGCAGUGCCCUUACAGCCAGCCGAAGUAUCCAGCUCUACACAGGUGUCAUUCAUUCCAUAUUCAUUUUCCCUCAUGAAGUGUGUUUUUUUUUUUAAGUGUGCUUUUACGGUCAUUAUUAUUUAGAAAGGAGUGUUUCUUUUCUCUUUUUUUCUGCCUUGUUUUUACAAUAUAUUUUCCACGUGAGGCCACUAGUACCGAUUGUACCUGGAGUCGCUUCACGUUUUUAUCUAGGUUCGAUUAUUUUAUCCGUCUUUUAUCUAAGAGUUGUGUCAAAACGGAAACUAUUACUAUAGGAACAAUCUCUGUUUACUGUAAUGAUUCAUGCACUGAGUAUGAAGAAAUAAUGAUGUACUGUUAGGAACUGAAGGACUGAGAGUUCACAACUGCUGUUCAAAUUGUUGUUUGGCCAGGUCAAAGGUUGUAGUACUGUAUUUUUCCAGCACCAUCUUCAGUGGUCUUGAAAAACUGUCAGAUAGAAAUGUAUGGUGCAGAGCUGAUAUGAUUGUCUGUCAUGUAGAAUAGGGAUCCUGUCAGCUCUAUUCAUCAUAUUUCUAUCUGUGUGUUUACCUCACUGAAUCCACCAGUGGUGUGGUAACUAACCUCAGUGAGUUAGUGGACUGAGCAUAUGGAGCUCAUGUUUCAUGCUGUGUCUUUAUGGCAAGUGGUCAAAACCCAAUCAUGUGACUUUCUGCAGCGUCCACAUACUGUAUCUCUGACUGCGUCUCAGUAGUCUGAAGUGGGUUCCUCUCCUCGUCUCCUCUCCUUCAUCUGUACUGAUCUAUAAACCGUGGGUAGGUGACAGCAACAUAGUGGAAUGACUCUGAGGAAUUAGCUUUCCACUGUCCAGAUCUUUUAGUGCAGAUGGAGAGAAGUUUAGGAGUCUAGAGGCAGUCAUUUUAGUUAUAUUGAGAUGCCCCCCUCCUAGUCCUGUCUCAUCAUGUUCUCUAUAGACAUACAUACAUACAGUAAAAACCUGUCUGUCUUUUGGGAAAUCACUGGUUUUCAUAGUCCGUUUUCAUCAUUGUAUUUGGGGUAUUUAUGUAUAUUUUCUUUUAUACAUAUCUUUGUUAUACAUGAUUUGUAUAAUCCAAAUCUUAUAUGUAUUAUUCAUUUCCAUUUUUUUGCAGUCUACUCUUAUUUCUGUCUUCAGCUAACUCUACAGUUUGACCUAUAACUUUUGACUUGUAUGACCUUAUGCAUGUGGCUGGCCUGGUCUGAUUUGAAGAUGAGUCUGUCACUAGAUAAGUGCAAUAUUAUUAUAUUAAACUGAAAAAUAUGUAUUAUAAUGUAAUCAAGUGUACAUCCUGAAAAUACAUUGGCAUGCUUAAAAACGUAAGUAUUUAUUUAGUAAAAACGUUGUUUUAAGAAAUGGAGUUAGGAUUCAUAAAGCAAUACCACACAAAAUGUAAUGUGCUUUUUAAGAUGUUCUUUUUGCAUUUGAAUCUUGUCUUUUCCUGUCAUCGCAUUCCUAACUGCUUUAUAUAUAUCCCAGUUAUAUUUUUUCCCUUCAAAAUAAAACUAAGUACCAAAAUGUC